AUGGUGUCUCAAAAGAAGGGAUCUGUCAAAGAUGAGAAAGGAAAAGUUUACGGAAUAUGGGAAGUCCUGGAGAAGUUUGGAUGCUACCAGAUACUGCAGUAUUUAUACAUCUGCCUGCCGACCCUAUUUAUAACCAUGGGUCACAUUAACUAUGUCUUUGUGGUUCGAGAUGUUGCGUAUCGGUGCCGUGUUUCAGAGUGUGAUGGUGCCAAUUCCACAGUCGCAGCGGCGUGGUGGCCAAACAACACCACAGACAGAUGCUUUAGACCAAUCCAAAAGAACACCAGCUUUGGCGACUGCUCUCCUGAAAGCUUCAGCGAAGAUGUUGAGCCCUGCGACGAGUGGAUUUAUGAGGACAAAGACAGCGUCGUGUCUGAAUUGAAUCUAGCGUGCAAGUCAUGGCACAUCAACUCUGUGGGCACGGUCCACAAUUUGGGGAUGUUGCUUGCUAUGCUGAUUACAGGAUGGCUGGCAGAUCGAUUCGGUCGCAAACAUGCGCUGGUUAUCUCAAUGGUGGUCGGUUCUGUCGGCCUGCUCAAGAUCUUCGCUACGUCCUACUAUUUAUACAUCGCCAUCGAGUUCCUUGAGGCGCUACUUGGUGGUGGAAGUUACUCCAUUGCUAUGGUCCUCAUGAUAGAGAUCACGGGGAGAAAACAGCGAAUUCUCUCUGGAGUACUAUUCGCCUAUGCAAUUUACAUGGGCGAGUCCAUAUUCGCCGUUAUCGCCAUGUUUGUGCACAACUGGAAGAUGCUCGUCAUAAUUAUUUACAGUCCUCUCAUAUUGUGUCUCUUGUUGACGUUAUUGCUUCACGAGAGUCCGCGGUGGCUAAUAUUGAACGGCAAAACCGAACAAGUGAUAAGCAACCUUAAAAGGAUAGCAAAAAGUAACAAAAUUGAAUUGAACUCACAAGAUCUUAGUAAUAUAGAUGCUAAUAAACUCAAAGAGAUGUUCAACAUUGAGAAUUACGAGACCAAAGAAGGUCUGAGAGAAGUUUUUCGUUCGAUGGAGAUGAUAAAGCGGCUGAUAGUCGCGUCAUUCUGUAGAUUUACCUCGAAUUUCGUGUACUACGGUAUCAUGAUAAACUCCGUGUGGUUGCCUGGCGAUAAAUAUGUGAACUUUCUACUGUCUACAGUGAUGUCCUUCCCUGGGGAAUUGAUAUCGUUAUAUUUAAUGAAUAAGAUCGGGAGGAAGAUGCCUCUUGUCGUCGGAUUCAUAUUCUGUGGCGGACUCUGUAUAUUGUCAGCGUUUGUGCCUGAUACGCUAAGCUGGGCCAAGAUACUGCUGUUCCUGUCGGGCAAGGUGGUGAUGUCGGCGUGCUUCACGGGCGCCAUCACGUACUCCAUGGAGCUGUUCCCGACCAGCGCGCGGGGCUCCCUGCUGGGGCUAUGCGCUUUUGCCGCUCGUCUGGGGGGCAUGCUAGCCCCACUUACACCAAUCUUAAAUGACACGUCGAAGGUGCUGCCAGCUUUGUGUUUUGGCGCAUCAUCAGUGAUCACUGGUCUGUCCGUCAUACUGACCCCGGAGACGAAACAUUUACCCCUGAUGGACACCAUAGGGCAGGUGGAGGUCAGCGUCAGGAAGACCAAAGACAAGACUGAUAAUGAUAAUGCGGAUGGUAUAGUUAACGACGGCGCUUCUAUUAAAUUUUAA